ACAUCGCACGCAGCCUCCGAAGAUGCCGUCCCGCAUCCUCACGCCUUUCCUGGAAGUGGACCGAGACUUCUGCAAGGACUUUGUGGUUCCGGAUGGGAAUGGAGGAGAAGCUCGCGGGCUCCUCAGCCGGAUCCCCUUCCGGAGCGACCGCUCGGUCAGCAUGAUCGAGGGGGGCGUGCCCGCCGAGGUCCCGCCGCCGACACCGCCGCGGCCCCCGACCUCCGCGCGCUACAAGACGGAACUGUGCCGCGCUUUCCGAGAGAGCGGAGUGUGCGAGUACGGCGCCAAGUGCCAGUUCGCGCACGGGCCGGACGAGCUGCGGGGGCUGAGCCGCCACCCCAAGUACAAGACGGAGCCGUGCCGCACCUUCCACGCGGCGGGCUUCUGCCCCUACGGCGCCCGCUGCCACUUCAUCCACAACGCCGAGGAGGCGCGAGCCGUCCUGCGACACAGCCUCAGCUUCGCCGGAUUCGACUCCCGCCCGUCGUCGUCGUCGUUGCCGCUCCUCUGGCCGGGGCUUCUGCGCCCCUUCUCCGACGAGGCCGACUGCGCUUUUGGAUUGUCGGCCGCUCCGAUCCCCGGACGCCCCGUCGUUUUGCGGCGCUACUUCUCGGCCGACUCGCUCUCCGCCUCGUCCUACUCCCUGAGCUCCGGCGCAGAGUCGCCGGGCCGCGAGGGCGAGGUCGACGAGCGCCGCUUGCCCAUCUUCAGCCGCAUGUCGCUCUCCGACGGCUAGAACGCUCGCUCGCUCGCCGUCGCGACUUCCAUUCUUCUCGCUUUGUGCAUAUUGCACGCCGAUCGUCAGUCCUUCCCGGCACUUGUAGUGCAUCCGACUGUUCUUCUUGUAUCACAAGGCCUGUGUAAUAGCUAUUUGCCCUAAAAUCAGUGCUUCUCAAACGGUGCUAGGCAAACUCCCUUCAAUGUUACAACAGGUGAAACUAGAAAUUAUAGCUUUGCUGUUAAGGUUAUAUGGUAAAUAUGGGCAGGGCCGGCCCAGCCUAUACGCAGACUAUGCAGCUGCUUAGGGCCCCUGACCACUAGGGGGCCGCCAAUCUGGCAAUUGUUUAAUUCAUAUUCUAUUUUGUUAACUACAGUUUGCUUUAUUUGGCUUUUGUGAGUUUUGAUACUUCAUCACAAGCUUAAAAAAAAUAAAAGUUCUUCCUUAACUUCUUACUUUCCUCUUUUAGAAACAGGUUUGGUGCGAUCUACUGUAAGUGACGAAAUGGUGGGCCAAAAAUAUGGGCCCCUUUGCAUUAUUUUGCUUAGGGCCCCCAAAUGGCCUGGGCCGGCCCUGUGUAUGGGAUUCGUUCCUGCUGAUUUUCAGGCAUUUCCGGGUCACUUUCCGUUGAUAUCGGGUCACUACCUGUUGGAUUUCAGAUCCACUUCCUGUUUACAACGGGUCACUUCCUGUUGAUAUGCUGGCAUUUCGGGGUUACUUUGUGUUCACUUCCUACUGAAAUGCGGGCAUUUCAGGGUCACUUCCUGUUGAUAUCGGAUGACCAUGUUGAUUUGCGGGCAUUUCUUGGCGUUUCCAGUUGAUAACGUGUCUUUUCCAUUUGAUUACAGCUCACUUCCUGUCAAUGGAAUGGCGAAAAAUAAAUGGGAAAAGUUUGGGCAAAUUUCUGUUGAUUUGGAGGGGAUCAAUAAAGUAUCAUUUCCUAUUGUUAUUGGCUCACUUCCUGUUGAUGUCGAGUCACUUCCUGUUCAUUUUCAGGCAUUUAGGGCUCCAUUUAUGUGUUUGCCAAUGUAGAAUUUUGCAGCUUUUGUGCCAUUCAAAUGAAUGGCAGGCAAAUAAGGCCAUUGGAAAUGAAUGGGAAACGUAGGGUACGUACGUAGGGUUAGGCAAAAAAAAAAAACUCGUGUGAAUUUUGUAAAUUGCUAAAAAAAAAAUGUAGGUGUUCUGACAAUUUUCAAUACGCUGGUUUAGGAAUGUUUCAACGCGCACUCACCAUGUGUCGAUGUCAACCGGCAGGAUCCGAUAGAACGACGUGGCCGAUGGUAAUCCAAGGUGUCAAAUUGUCAAUGAGUAUGGUCAAGCUAAUUGUGGUCAUUCAAUCCAAAGUCAUGUCGUGUGGUCAAAUAACAAAACAAAAUGCCAUCUUCGCGUCUUCAAACAAACAAACAAAACAAUAUACACGCAACUCUGCAGUCAUCUAUAACAUACACGUGUGUUUGCGGUGCUAUAUUUGCAUUGCGUGCUGUCACAUGUGUUGCGUAUGCGUUGCGGUCUUUGUGUUGGCGGUUGAAAACUAUAUCCGCCAGCGUUCCGCACCUGUGCUGAGUAAGUCACUGAUUUAUACGCGCAUAGUGGUGACGUCAUCGCCCAUAUUGGCGGCACUGCUACAUUACGUCACUCUGCUCCAACAGUAGAACUACACACAUUUUGAAAUAAGUAACAGAAUGAAAUUUGAUCCAAAUAAAUGGCGAAAAACUUGGCCCCACCCACUGAAUAAUGAUGCCACACCCAGAACGAGCUCCGGAUUUCUGUUAGCAUGCUCAAUCAUCCUUUGAGGUGGCACUUGCUGUAAAAUAUUUGAGAACCACUGUUUAGCGCACAUAUACAGUAGCUACCAAAGCAACCAUUAUAGGUAACAUUGUUUUAGCCAUGAGUUGACAGAAGAUUGUUUCUAGCAUCCAUUUAGCAUGUUGCCUUAGAGCGUAUGGCUAAUUUGUAGUAGCCUUUUUGUUUGUGUGUCCAACUCUGCUGCCUGCUAACCGCUAACCGUUUUUGAAAUGGAUUUAUAUUUGAACAAUUUCCCUUUGCUCUUGAUUUACAACCGCUACUAGGUUAACACGCCAGCGCUACGAUUGGUGCGCAAACGUCGAAAAUGUCGACGGUUUUCCGAAAUGAAGUCCGAUUAUAUUUAUAUGUGGUUUGAUGGCAGAUAAUUAUGCUGAUUUUUCAUUUGAAAGACAUGUACAUUCGUUCUCUAUCUUGAUUUAUUUUGUUUCCUCGUACUAUCAAAAUAAAAUUCCAUCAGCAACAAGCUUGUUCAAAACCUUUGAGCCU